GCCGCACUUCUCUUAUGUCUCUCGCAUCUUCUUCUUUCCGGCGAGCAAACCAGGGAAAGUAGAGAACUUCCUCUAACUCGAAGGUUGAAAUCCACCAUCUCCUAAAAAAUGCAGUACAACAACCUCGGCAGAUCAGGUCUCAAGGUAAGCCAGCUCUCCUAUGGAGCUUGGGUGAGCUUCGGUAACCAGCUCGACGUAAAGGAAGCCAAAUCCCUUCUCCAAUGCUGCCGCGACCACGGCAUAAACUUCUUCGACAACGCGGAGGUGUACGCGAAUGGUCGAGCCGAGGAGAUCAUGGGGCAAGCCAUACGGGAGCUUGGGUGGAAGCGCUCCGAACUGGUGAUUUCCACCAAGAUAUUCUGGGGUGGACAAGGCCCUAACGACAAGGGACUUUCGCGUAAGCACAUCGUCGAGGGAACCAAGGCGUCGUUGAAGCGACUCGACAUGGAUUACGUCGAUGUGAUCUACUGUCAUCGUCCCGAUCCAGCAACGCCCGUCGAGGAAACGGUGAGGGCUAUGAACCAUAUCAUUGAUCGAGGCUGGUCGUUUUAUUGGGGGACGAGCGAAUGGUCGGCGCAGCAGAUUACUGAAGCGUGCGCGGUUGCUGGAAGGCUUGAUCUGGUUGGACCGAUUGUCGAGCAGCCGGAGUACAAUCUGCUGUCUCGCCACAAGGUGGAACUUGAGUACCUUCCUCUUUACAGUACCUAUGGUUUGGGAUUGACCACUUGGAGUCCUUUAGCAUCGGGUGUGCUUACUGGUAAAUAUAACAAGGGAAACAUUCCUCCUGACAGUCGGUUUGCUCUGGAUAAUUACAAGAAUCUCGCUAAUCGAUCUCUUGUUGAUGAAGUCCUGGGCAAAGUCAAUGGAUUGAAGCCUAUUGCAGAUGAGUUAGGUGUUUCCUUAGCUCAACUUUCUAUUGCUUGGUGCGCUUCAAAUCCGAAUGUUUCAUCUGUCAUUACUGGUGCAACCAAGGAGAGCCAGAUUAAAGAGAACAUGAAAGCUCUGGAUGUCCUCCCGAAGCUGACGCCUGAUGUUCUUGAGAAGAUUGAGGCAGUCGUCCAGUCCAAACCUAAACGCCCAGAAUCAUACAGGUAAUUGGACUAUUUUUGCUAUAAUAAAAAGAUGAGAAAACUAUAAACAGUUUGUUACAGACUCUGCCUUGAAUGAAGUUGGAACUGCUCCUAACAAUUUGAAAUGUGGUGAUUGAUGUCGAUGCGAUUUUUAUAAUUUAUCUUGCAAUUACACUUCAUUUGUUAUAAAGCUGGAGAGUUAUUUGAUUGGUA